AUGAUCGCCGAUAGCAUUCAAGAUAGUUUGCCUCACAAGAAUUGCAGACUUUGGCUAAAGAAAUCUCUGGCGAAAAUCAAGGAGUUUGCAGGAGAUCGUAAAGAAUGCUUGGUACCAAGAUUAACAAAAUUGAGAAAUUAUGAUGUGGAACUUAGGGUUGAAGAUUUCCCAGGAUGGCUUGACAAUAAAUUAAACUUAGGUGAAGAUUACAAGGUCUUAGAUGUUCACACAUCUACAAAGAAAGAAACAACAUUAGAAAAAGCUCGUACUGUAUUACGGGGUGGAUUUGAUAUUUCGAUUGGCCCAAGUCGAACAGGAUGUGUCUAUUUAAAAACAAAAAAACCAAACCAAGUAUUAAAUGAAUCUCAAGCUAAAGGAGAAUUAUUUAUUGCAAAUGAUGCAAAAGGACCAUUUUCUAAAAAGGCAAAGUUCAUGGAAGAAGUUAAAUUUUGUGACGAGAGAAUGUUAGAUAUAAUACCAGAAAUGUCAGAUGAUGAAUUAAGUCGUAUGAAGUUAGGUGGGGAUUAA